CUGAUGCUUCUUUCGUCUAGUUGUGUAAAUUUCCAAGUCGAGUGCUGCUGCCUCGCCUCCGGCUGGCUGACCUCUCCGGUGGCUGUCUCCUCAAAACCUGCUCUGCCCCGCCCCGAAGCCAGCCCUAACUUUAGGUUUCGAAAGUGAUUUUUAGUGCUAUGGAACCUAAACCUGAGUUCGCUAAGGAUGAAGUUAAAGGUCUGUUGGAAAGCAUCGCAUCCACUGGGAAAUUUUGGCUUGAUUGGGACAAGCUGAAGAGUAUGCUAUCCUUUCAGCUGAAGCAGGUUUUGUCUGAGUAUCCUGAGGCAAAAAUGACUGCAGAGCAGCAAAAUGCUUCAUUAGGAGGAACUUUUGAAGAUCUUGUGAAACGAUUGGAUGAAGAGCUACAUGCUUUUAUUGAAGGACCCCCCUUCACUCUUCAGAGAAUCUGUGAGAUCAUAUUAGCAGCAAGAAGCAUCUAUCCAAAUCUCUCAAAGCUUGCUCUAGCACUAGAAAAGAAUUUACUGGUAACCUCUACAAUAACUGCCUGCUCUGAUCCAUAUCCACAAACAACAAUACCCAAUCCCAGUGAACAAGACAAAGCAAGUGAAGAACUACAGCCGCCGCUGCCACCACUGCCACCACCACAGUCCGAGUCAAUACAAAACGGAGUUGAACCCACAGUAGAUAGGGAUGAGAUAAUGACAGAGGUAGAGGAGACUGAAAUUGAUCAUGAUAUGAGCAUAGACAUGGAUAGCUUCCAAGAAAUGGUCGAAUCAUCAGAAACCAAUUCCACACCAGCCGGGAAUUCUUAGGUUGGCAGUCUGCCUGCUCCAUCUUUCAAACCUAAACACUUCAAAAGGAACCAGAUGUUGCCUUUCAGAUUUGAAGAUUUGAGUCUCGUUUAACAUUAUGGCUUUGCAGGGCAAUUCAUCUACCCUUUUGUAUUCUGAUCCAGAGUCAGGGAACCUUAAAGAUGGCAGUGGUAAGUAAUUGCUCUAAACUGUAUGAAUAACACUGGAAUUCUUUUUCUUUGCCAUUUAGUUAAAAAGUUCGAGUUUUCUGUUGCUUGCAAAUUUCAUGCACAUGGGGUCCAAUUAUGGAAAGCAUCCCAUCAGAAAGUUAAAUUUCCCAAUGGUAUUUGGAAAGCAAAGAUAACAAGAAAUCCAGAAUAAAAUUUCCAAUUUGAU